CGCCACCGGCCAUUGGAAGAGGCUGAGGCGAGACAACCCCAGGUUUAACCUGAUGCUGGGAGAGAGGAACCGGCUGCCCUUCGGGAGACUGGGUCACGAGCCUGGGCUGCUGCAGUUGGUGAAUUACUACAGGGGGGCUGACAAACUGUGUCGCAAAGCUUCUUUAGUGAAGCUAAUCAAGACAAGCCCGGAACUGACCGAGUCCUGCACAUGGUUCCCCGAGUCCUACGUGAUCUAUCCAAUGAAUCUCAAGACCCCAGUUGCCCCAGCGCAGAAUGGAAUCCAGCCACUAAUCAAUAACACAAGGACAGAUGAAAGAGAAUUCUUCCUGGCUUCUUAUAACAGAAAGAAAGAGGAUGGAGAGGGCAACGUGUGGAUUGCUAAGUCGUCGGCUGGAGCCAAAGGUGAAGGCAUCCUCAUCUCCUCAGAGGCCACAGAGCUGCUUGACUUCAUAGACAACCAAGGCCAAGUGCACGUGAUCCAGAAAUAUCUUGAGCACCCCUUGCUUCUAGAACCAGGUCAUCGCAAGUUUGACAUCCGAAGCUGGGUCCUCGUUGAUCAUCAGUAUAAUAUCUACCUCUAUAGAGAGGGUGUGCUUCGGACUGCUUCAGAACCGUAUCACGUUGAUAAUUUUCAAGACAAAACCUGCCAUUUAACCAAUCACUGCAUUCAAAAGGAGUACUCAAAGAACUAUGGGAAAUACGAAGAAGGGAAUGAAAUGUUCUUUGAGGAGUUCAAUCAGUACCUAACAAGUGCUUUGAAUAUUACCCUGGAAAAUAGUAUCUUACUACAAAUCAAACAUAUAAUAAGGAGCUGCCUCCUGAGCGUGGAGCCUGCUAUCAGCACCAAGCACCUCCCUUACCAGAGCUUUCAGCUCUUUGGCUUUGACUUCAUGGUGGAUGAGGAGCUGAAGGUCUGGCUCAUUGAAGUCAACGGCGCCCCUGCCUGUGCUCAGAAGCUUUAUGCCGAGCUGUGCCAGGGCAUUGUGGACUUGGCCAUAUCCAGUGUCUUCCCACCCCCAGACACGGAGUCCCCACCCACCCUGCCGGCUGCGUUUGUCAAGCUGUGAUGGAGGCCGGUGCUCAGAGCUGCCUCAGAAGAAGCACGGGGUCCUGCUUAGGGGGCGGUGGAAUGACCGGAUGGCUUAUUACUAAGCUAGAACCAGGAGAGAGAGGCGACUUGCAAAGACGUGAAGGAGAACUGUGAGAGAGAGUGACUCCCAAGAGAAGAGUGGGUUGCUCAGGGCCUUUCAUAGGUGGAGCCCUCCACCCACUGUGCAACCUUUUCAACACUGAAGCAAAUGUCUCCCAGGGAUGUGCAAAGUAUUCUUCUAAGGGGAAAAAAACAGGGAUUUGGUUAUUUUAUACCCUUGUCCUUUUCAAAGGUCGUCUUUGCUUCCGAAGGCAGCAAUGUGAGCAGAACCUCUCCUCCUGGGGUGGCAGACAGCCACUGGCACCUUGUUGGGGCCCGUCCACCUGCCGCAGCCUUAGUGCCUUAGCUGUGUGCCCCGCUGUAGCCCCGCUGUCGGGAACAUGGCUAGACCUUAGAGCAUUUGGAGGUUACCUGCGUGUUGCUGCUCCUCUCCUCACGAGAGUUGGCCCCACCAUACUCUGGACAAGCAUGCACCAAUGGUCCUUAGUUUUGUGCUGGGCGCUAGUUUCUUAGAGAGGGUGAUUUGCCUCGUCACGCUCCUGAUGGCAUUGGUCCGUCGCCUGUCAGGAUUCGUGUGGGUUGGGCACCAAAACAGCAAACACUGCUGCUCCCCGUCUGCUCUCUGCAUGUUUUAGAAUCAAAGUGGCAAGUCUGCCCGAACCCAUAAGCAUCAAAUAAGCAUGAGAGAGAAAAAAAUAUGAUAUCUUGCUUUACUUAAUAGGUUGGGUGUGGGGGAUCUUUGAUGAUUCUCAGUUUUUGUUUAAACCAGAAUUCAAAAUGCAGUUGUGCAAAUUUCCCUUCUUUUUAACAUUUGUAGAAACCUUUUCAGGGGGUCAGGAGAAAGUAGAAUUCCACUCCCCACCCCCUGCACAGAUGGCUCUGUCCCCAACACAGAGCUUCCUCCCUCUUUGCUCUAAGCACCUCCUGCAGAAGCUGGAGGGGCGGGUUCCAGUCCAGGAAGGGAACUGUGUCUGCUCACACCUGGAGGCAGCAGGAGAGACCUCUGAGUGAGUGAGUGCCCUGCCUCCUGGAGAAAAUCUUCUAAAAUUGGGAAGCAAUGGUUUCAGAGCUCCCCACAGUGUCUUACAAGUCUCAACCAAUGUGUCCGGUUAGAUGUGGUUUCUACAUAUUGAGUCAACUAACACUUUGUAGGAUUUCUAGAGGCCACAUUGCUAGCGGCGGGAAGAGCCAGAUGCUACUUACAUUCAGCACGAGGUUCUUCCAGUGCCCUGGCAAUGCCAGCAGACCCAUUGAAAACCGCACACCCUCCACAGGCAGCAUGCUCGUUCUUUGUGUGCAAGUGUCCCCCUUGACCCUUUCUACUUGGCACAAGAAAACCGUUCAGGUGAGACUCUUACAAAAGAGAAGAAAAAGCAAGGCCUCCUCAGAUAUGAUGAGAAGAGGGAGCUGACCGUGCGUAAAGGGAUAGUAAUAAACACGAUUUCCUGGAUGCGGCAAUGGGUGAUAGGACGUGAUAGUGCUAUGCUGAGGUUAGUGGAGAAGGGCCCAAGUGUCCUGGCUGUUGUGGGAAUUUGGAAUUACAAACUAAGGUGGUUCCCUAGAAUACAGGCAAUUAACUUGUCAUCUGGAGCAAAAUAUCACAGACCAUGGUAACGCUCAGUCCCGGAGGCCUGCACAGCUGAUGGAUUCAUGUUUGGGAGCUUCUGAGAAGGGAAUGAGAUAUGCUCACCCAUUUAGAAAGUGCAGGGGAUAAAAAAAGGGAAAAAAAGAAAGUGCAGGGGAUGAGUCUUCGGAGAGUAUGAGGGGGCUGGUCACAGGGAACGCAUGAAGGGGUCUGCAAUGCUAUCACCUGCCCAUACACAUUUGGAAUUCUCCUUUGGACUCAGAGGACAGGGACAUUCGAGAGUUUUCCAGCUCUUAAAAUGACAGUCUAGAUUGUUAAGCAUUUAGAUAUUAGGAAGUCUAUGAAUUUUGACGGAUUUUCUAAGAAACCUGAAGCAAUAGCAUAUAUGUAAGGGAAGAGAGACUUUAACAAAAGAAAAGUUUAUGCUUCCUUCCUCGUGUGGUUUACUAUAAGUAUCUGUUUUAUUUCCAAUUGGGUGGAAUGGUUGGCUGUUCCAUGCCCUUCCAUGACAUCCUGGGCACAGAUGGUCACGCCUGGCUCCCAGUCCGUCCUUGUAUGUUUGGUCCAUGUAAAUGCUGUCAGCUGCUGGGGGAGGAGGCAUUAUGUAUUAGGAGAUGUUGAUUCCAUUCUUGGCUCUGUUGUUUGCUCAGCAUCAGUUGAGCCCGUUAACCUCUCUGUGCCUUAGUUCCUUAUCUCAUGGGAGUGAUGUUGCCUGAUCUGGGGACUACCUCAAGGGCUUUAGUGAGGACAAAUGAGAAUAGGAAGACUCAAGAGCCUUUAGAACCGAGGUUCUCAAUGCUGACUGCAUGCUGGACUCACUCACAAAGCUCUUACAGUGCUGGUGCCCACACCGUCGCCUUCUGCCCACUCCCCAGCCAAUUAGAUAGCACCUCGGGCAGCAAUACGCAUGUCUGGAGAUGUCUUACCCCACUGCUUGAGAAAGAAGGACAAACACAUCAUUACCUUGGAAGAAUCACUGAAGGCUUAAAGCUUUUUUUAGAAAAUGUUAUUGGAAACAGAGGCAUUUAGGAAAGACCAGAUAUUGCCAUGUCUUCGUGUAUGACAAAUGUUGUCUAAGCAGAUUCUCUAUUUGCUUCUCAUUGCAGCAUUUGGAAACUUAAGUAUGCUCUCAGUUACCUAACAGUUUAUGAAGCCUCGACAAUACACGUAAACCAACAUGAAUUUCUAAAUAUGUGACAUAUAUGUUAAUUAAUUAAUUAUAGAGAGAGAAGCUCCUUCACUCAUGCGGAAAUUAUAUACGCCAUGUUACCUGGAACAUUGAAGUGCCUCCGUGUUUGUAUGACAGUGGAGCGUGUGCUGGCGUAUUCACUAGCUGACGUGAUGUUUCACUAGCUCCUUGGGAUGAUUUUCACACACAUGGAAUAUCUGGGAAUGCUGGAAAUGUCCCAGGAACAGCAGAACAGCAAAUGUCAGUGAAGCUACAAUGCGUAUUUUCAGCAGUUGAGGUUGUAUCAGGCGUGGAGAUCCAGCCCUCUUGUGGGUGUGGGAGGGGCAGAGGAGAGCUCACCUAGCAAAAAGAGGACACCAGAGUGGGUCCCACGUAGCAUAUGGGUGCCAUGGAGAAAAUUCCGUGAUACAUACGUCUCUGAGCCUGGGCACACAAUCUGUACCUAAGGGGAAAUAACUUCAGAAAUAAGGCAACUUUGUGAAUGUUUAAAAUGCCUGGAGCAUUAAAGUAAAGUAAUGAUA